UCGCGGCGGCCGAGCGAAAUCCACGGCCGUGGAUUAGCUAGAGGGGGGUGCUGCGGGAUGCCCGCGACGUCUUCGCCCCGGUGGCCCCCAAAGAAGUUGGAGAGGAUCGUGGUCCUCUGCUCUGGUUCCUUCCAAAAGAAGCACGGGGCUAAAGUCGGCUGGAGAUGCCGAUUUCAGCCCCGUAUAUCACAGGACUAAGCCUUUUUGGAUUGAUAUUGGAUAGAUAAAUAAGAAGGGAGUAAUUACUACUAUAUAAAUUACAUUAUAGAGGAUGAGGAUUGAUUAUAGAUAGAACACACCUCCCCUCGGUUUCCUACCUCUUUCCUCUCGUACUCUACAAGCCAAAAAAAUCUAGUAGGAUAUGGAAUUGGAAGCUCUCGAAUCCCAUUUGUCCCUCUUCCUUUUCUCCUUCACUUCUAUCUUUCUAGUCUUUACUCUUCUACUUCAGCUUCUAAGAUCCCGGCCAUGGUGGUGCAAUUGUCCAGUCUGCGAGGCCUACGUGACAUCGUCGUGGAGGGCCGAUUUCGAUAACCUCAGCGACUGGUACACCCACCUCCUCCGCCAAUCGCCAACGCGCACCAUUCACAUCCAUGUCCUCCGCAACACCAUCACCGCAAACCCCGACAACGUCGAGCACAUGCUUAAAUCCCGAUUCGAUAAUUAUCCCAAGGGGAAGCCCUUCUCUUCGAUCCUCGGCGAUUUCCUCGGCCGCGGCAUCUUCAACGUCGACGGUGACCUCUGGCGCUUCCAGCGCAUGCUUGCCUCCGCCGAGCUGGGCUCGAUGUCCGUCCGGUCCUUUGCCUUCCGCAUCGUCUCCUCCGAGGUCUGCCGCCGCCUCCUCCCUCUCCUUGACUCAGCUGCCGACACCGGUCAGGUUCUCGACUUCCAGAACGUUUUCCGGCGGUUCGCCUUUGAUAACAUAUGCAAGAUUUCCUUUGGAUUGGACCCAGGCUGCCUCGAGCUGUCGCUGCCCAUGUCGGAGUUUGCGGCAGCCUUCGACACGGCCUCGAGGCUGUCGGCACGGCGCGCAGCGGCGACGGUACCCGCGAUAUGGAAGGCCAAGCGGCUUUUGAAUUCGGGGUCGGAGCGGGAGCUCCGGCGAGCAAUUCGGGUCCUCGACCUCCUCGCUGAGGAGCUCAUCUGCCAAAGAAGGAAGCUUGGGUUCUCAUCCUCCCAUGACCUCCUCUCCCGCUUCAUGGUCUCCGUUGACGACGACCGGUACCUCCGCGACAUUGUCGUCAGCUUCAUGCUCGCCGGCCGCGACACCGUUUCCUCCGCCUUGACGAGCUUCUUCAUGCUGCUCUCACGACACCCGGCGGCCCAGUCCAAAAUUCGCAGCGAGAUUGAGCAGGUGACGUGGAGCGGCGGCGGCGGCGGCGGCGGCGGCGGCGGCGGCGCAAGCUAUGAUCAAUUGAGAGAGAUGCAUUAUGUGCGUGCAGCGCUCUAUGAGAGCAUGAGGCUGUACCCGCCGGUGCAGUUUAACUCGAAAUUCUCCGUCGAUGAUGACAUCCUGCCGGACGGGACAUUCAUUAGCAGGGGGACGAGGGUGACCUACCAUGCAUACGCCAUGGGGAGGAUGGAGGAGUUGUGGGGGACCGACUGCGGGGAAUUCCGGCCGGAGCGGUGGCUGAAGAACGGCGUGUUCGCAUGCGAAAACCCGUUCAAGUACCCAGUGUUCCAAGGUGGUCUCCGCGUCUGUCUCGGAAAGGAGAUGGCACUGAUGGAGAUGAAGACUGUGAUUGCGUCCGUAGUCCAGGGAUUCGACGUCGACGUGAUCGACGGGAGCCGGCCGCCAAAAUUUUCCCCCGGCCUCACGGCCGGCCUGGAAGGUGGACUACCAGUCCGGGUGCGCCGCAGAAAGUAUAAAGAGGGCUCCACUGCCUUGCCGCCAGAAUUACGGCCUAGGUCUUAUUACCAAUAUUCAUAUGCUGGGACUUGCUGAAAUGCACUUCUUUGCUUGGUUAGGGCUAAUAUUUAUUCGCUAAUCACAUGUACAGAGAAAUAUUGUUUAUUCGAAUGUACCGUUAUUAGUUAUAAUAAGUUGUUAGUUUUUCAAGAGCACAAAUCUAAUUGACUAAAACUUUGCUCUCUUGAAUCAUAGGGCUAUGGUAGUUGUUACCCAGCAAUAUAUUGACAGAUUUACUACCCUA